AUGGCCUGUGGAAAGGUCGCUCUUGUCUGGGGCGUGUUUGGGUCAGGAAAAAGUCGAACAAUCGCCGCGGUCAUUUGCGAACUGACACGCAACAAGGUGUGCCGGUGCGUCCACUUUUGCGCGGCACAGAGUCUCGCUCUCGACUCGGUCAUUCGGAGACUCCAUAGUCUUGACGUCCCGACCGUCCGUUUUUCUUCGCGAGCACACCUCGAAAAGCAGAAAAUGUCCAAGAAAAGCAUCUUAUCCUCCUUCGACGAAAUUUGUUCGCUUGUUGGUGCUGCUAGACCGACGAGCGUAUUCGCCGAAUAUUUGAAGGAGAAGAAGAAGCGUGAUCGACUUGCCGCGAGGAGAAUCUACGACAGAAAACAAGAAAAGCGAUUCCUCGAAAGUCGGAAGUGGUGUGUCAAGGUUGUCCUGCGGAACGCAAAAGCAGUGUGCACAACUGUGAACAAUUCCCCGAGUGUCGGGGGCGCGGGAGCCGAGAUUACAAUCGUCGACGAGGCAGGCCAAAUUCCGGAACACGAGAUGAUCCCCGCAGAAGCAGGCGCGCAGCGGAUGGCUUUGGUCGGAGAUCACAAACAACUUCCGCCUGUGAUUGUUUCUUCACGAAAACUCCCACCGCCGAAGGCAGCAGUAGCAGGACAGUCCGAAAAUGCGAAACUUCUUCCCCCGACUGUCCCGGGACCAGGCAGCUUUGACGUCACUCCGCUGCGGAAGAGCCUUUUCGAACGUCUGAUAACAAAUGCAGCCGGAGAAACAACAAACGCCACUGCUUUUCUUGACACACAGUUCCGCUGUCCACCUGUUCUCGCUGCACACCUGAGUGCCGAGUACUACGAGGGGAAGCUGCGAAGCGCCGAAAAUGCUCCUGCAGAAGCAAAGUACACUUUUUCGCACCAGUUCGUCGGAGUCGAUACAAAACCAGACAUUUUUCUAGCGCGACAAGCAACAGACCGGAUAAAGCCGUACGUCUCCCCAUCAACAGCAGAACGCGUCCGAGAAAUGCGAGACUUUCUU